ACAAGAGGCAGAAUAGAACUUCAGAAAAUAUAUAAAAUAUUUUUUUUUUUCAACUCUUAACAAAAAUGGUGCUUCAAUUCAAUCCAUGAGCUGCUUUCAAUGCCAGCAACUUUCUGAGCACAAUCAGAAGCCAUAGUUACACAUUGCUUCUCUCUCUCUCUCCCUCUCUCUCUCUCUCUCUCUCUCUCUCCAGCUACCAGUAAAUGCACGCGCUUUUGAUUCUGAAGUCUGAACAUUGGUGCUUCUUGUAAUCUUUCUUCACCUUCCAUUUCUGAAGAAACCAAUCACACUAUUUAUUAAAGUUGCAAUCUUUUUCCUUUUCCACAAAAUCCCAACAUAAUUUUUCUCAACCUUGGUCAACCUGAUAUUCUUCUUUUCUCAGUGCUCCUUUCUUUCCGAGAGAAUUGUAACUGCUUCUGUAAUUUGUCAUAAAUGCAUGCCUCAAAGUGCAAAAUGCAGUUUUUUAUGAUCAGCAUAGCGUGUAGCUUGUUAUGGAAUGGUGUAAUGGCGUCAAGUGAUAGCAGUGGGACUGGGAGUGAACUUGAUCAAACACCAACUUGGGCUGUGGCUGGUGUCUGCACUGUCUUCAUCUUAAUUUCCAUUGUUCUUGAGAAGGGUCUUCACAAAGUUGGAACGUGGCUAAAUGAUAGGCACAAGAGGGCUCUGCUUGAAGCUCUUGAGAAAGUCAAAGCUGAGUUGAUGGUUCUAGGCUUCAUUUCUCUGCUUUUGACAUUCGGGCAGAGUUACAUUGUUAGAAUUUGUAUUCCUGGCAGUGCCGCGGACAAACUGUUGCCAUGUAAAUAUGCAGGUAGCGGCGAUGAGAGUAGCGGCAAAGAUCAACAUCGUAGGAAACUUCUAUCAGAAGAUGGAGUUCAUAAAUGCAAGGAGGGAUACGCGCCGCUUAUAUCAAGCAAUGGGUUGCACCAGUUACACAUCCUCAUAUUCUUCUUGGCAGUUCUUCAUGUGCUUUACAGUGCUGUCACAAUGCUUCUUGGGAGACUGAAGAUACGCGGGUGGAAGGCAUGGGAGGCAGAGACUUCAUCUCAUGGCUAUGAGUUUGCUACUGAUGCUUCGAGAUUCCGGCUAACUCAUGAAACAUCGUUUGUGAAAGCCCAUGCAACUUUUUGGACUAGAAAUCCCGUCUUCUUCUAUAUCGGUUGCUUCUUUAGGCAGUUUUAUAGGUCUGUGGGUAAAGCUGACUACCUAGCUCUUCGCAAUGGUUUUAUCAGUGUCCAUAUGGCUCCUGGAAGUAAAUUUGACUUCCAAAAGUAUAUCAAAAGAUCCUUGGAGGAUGACUUCAAGAUAGUUGUUGGAGUCAGUCCUGUCCUCUGGGCGUCGUUCGUCAUUUUUCUACUACUAAAUAUUAAUGGAUGGCAUGCUAUGUUUUGGGCAUCCUUAAUUCCUGUCGUCAUAAUUUUGGCUGUUGGAACAAAACUUCAAGCCACAUUAGCAAAUAUGGCUAUAGAAAUCACAGAAAAGCAUGCUGUUGUCCAAGGGAUUCCUCUUGUUCAGGGCUCUGACCAAUAUUUUUGGUUCGGUCGACCUCAAUUAGUUCUUCAUCUUAUUCACUUUGCUUUGUUCCAGAAUGCAUUCCAAAUAACAUAUUUCUUGUGGAUAUGGUACACUUUUGGGUUUAGAAACUGUUUUCAUGCUGACUUCAAGCUUGCAAUACUUAAAGUAGUUUUAGGGCUUGGAGUGCUAUGCCUAUGCAGUUAUAUCACGCUUCCGUUAUACGCUCUCGUUACUCAGAUGGGCUCAACAAUGAAAAGAUCAAUAUUUGAUGAACAAACAUCGAAGGCGCUGAAGAAAUGGCACAUGGCUGUGAAAAAGAAGCAUGGAGAGAGGCUAGGGAAGUCCAAGGCGCGAACCUUGGACGACGGAAGCACCAUUGGUUCGACGGUGCAUUCUUCAGGACCAAUGCUACACCGCUUCAAAACCACCGGCCACUCGACCCGGCACACUUCAUCGUACGAGGACCAUGAUGAUGACGAUGAUUAUCAAUCUGAGACUGAAUUGUCUCCCAUUACUCCAAGAUCAAGCUUGAUAGUGAGAGUGGAUAAUGGUGACCAGCAAGAAGAAACAGCAAAAGAAAAUAGGCACCCCACUGUGGGAGAACAAUCCAAUCAUGGUUUUGGAGGUUAAUCUAUUAAUCUCCCUUCCCUCCUUUAAUUUUUUUAAACAUAUUUAUACAUCGGCGAAAACUCCGUACAGUUGUCUUGAUGCGAAGUUAGUUGAGAACCGUUAGAUGAUUCAACAUGUUUGACUAAAUUGUUUUUUAACCAUUCUCAACUAUCAACUUCACGUGAAAACAACUAUACGUGAAUCUUCACCUUAUAUAUAUCUCUUUGUAGAUAGGAAUAUAUAAUUCACUUUUGUAUAUUGUAAUAUAUUUUUAGUCUUUUGAAUUUGUGGAUAGAACAUCAAAAUGUGAAAUAAUCUAUCCUUCACAGUGAAAUAGUUAAAAAUCAAAGAACCAGUCAUUUACAUAUCCAACUAUUAUAAAUUUAUAAUUAUCUUCUA